AUGGCUGUUUUCUAUCUUAUUUGCCUACUUCUUUUCCAACCAGCGGCAUCUCAAAGCCUAAAGAGCCUUGCCGGGUACUUUUCUUCUCUUUCGUUGAUCAAAUGCCCUGUUCGCUGUGACGACUCCGGUUCCUCCCAGAAUUGGACUCGUUACCACGCCGUGUAUCAGCUUACGACUUGCGACAAGCCACCACAUCUCAGCUUUGCGUUCAGCUCACCAAGCCCCAACGUUGACAAUCAGGACAAUAUCACCACACCUUUCGUGGUCCUCAGUCGCUCCACCAAUAAAGGGCACUUGGUCCUUGAUGAGCAGUCGAAGGUGUUCGACAGCUUGACCAAAAAAGGCACCAAGAACAGCACCGCCAACAUCGAGGUAUUCUCAGAAUCUGUUUCGGACCUUCAAAUUCCUGGCCAGAAGUUCGCAGUCAUCAGAGAGAUCCAGGCAUCUCUUCUCUUCAACACCAGCGCAGCAACGGAGCAAUUUGACGGCAGCAUUAGACUUGUGGUCAAUUAUGGAGACACCACAUUGGGUGUGUAUAUUGGGGGAGGACUUGACAUGAAGGGGGUGGCUCUCUUCCAGCUAGAAGAGUUCAUAGCUCUCGUCCAGGACCGCGACGACAACACAUUGACUGGUCUCCAGCUUUGUGGGGCUAACCGCACCGCACAAUACACCAUGGGAGUCUUUCUCGACACCACCGCUGAUGUGGCACUGAGGCUCUUCAGGGUACAGCAUGCACUCGAGGCCUGGUCCUUGUCGCAUUGUGUCGUGGGACUUGGUCAACGGGAGUCACUCAAGCCUUCCACAUUUUGGCUGCGUGAGCCCAGUAGAACAGCCCUUCUCAAUGGUACCAACAGCAUCGGCAACUGGACGACGCCCGUUUCACCAUUCAAUCGCGCUAUGGCAAAGACAUCAUCUCAUGUGGCCGAGUGCCGGACGAUCCAAGUUGCCUCCGGCGAUAGCUGCAAGCACUUUUGUGCCACACUCCGUCCAAGUCAGCACAUUUGCUGCUCGGCUGGUACACUGCCCGACGUUCGACCAAAGCCUACGCCUGAUGGGACCUGCGCUUAUUACAUUGUCAAGAACGGAGAUUUUUGCAACAAGAUAGCUGCUGCCAGUGGCUUGACGGUCCAGGAGCUGGAGAAGGUUAAUGAGAACACAUGGGGCUGGAAUGGCUGUGACAAGUUAUAUGUCGGCAACACCCUCUGCCUCAGCAAAGGAAACCCACCACUUUCCGCUCCGGUCCCAAACGCCAUCUAUCUUGCGUCUCUCAAUCCAUGCCCGCUCAAUGCCUGCUGCACUGUCUGGGGUCAAUGUGGCACGACAGCCGAGGUCGGGUGCAUCUCCAACUGUGGGAUGAAGGUCAUCAACAAUGCUUCCCCUCCGUCAGAGUUCAAGAGGAUAGGCUACUUUGAAGCCUGGAGCUCGGCUAACAAAAAGGAGCGGCCUUGCCUGUUUAUGGAUGCCACCCAGCUUCCGACAGGAUACACACAUGUGCAUUUUGCCUUUGGGGAGGUAUCCUCCAACUUUGCCGUGGGUGUCAGCAAACUCAAAAACCAGUUCGACAAGUUUGUGAAGAUGAGAGGCUUCAAGAGAAUCAUUGCCUUCUGUGGAUGGACAGCGUCUACUGACCCAAGCUCAUUUUGGAUUUCUCGAGAAGGCGUCAAACCGGGCAACAGGGAGAUUUUGGCCACCAACAUCGCCAAGUUCGUCAUGGACCAUGAUUUGGAUGGCGUGGAUCUCGAUUGGGAGUAUCCAGGUGCGCCAGAUCUCCCUGAUAUUCCUAGUGCCGACCCGCUCGAUGGACUGGCAUAUCUGGAACUCCUGAAGUUGUUGAGACAGAAGCUUCCGUGGACAAUAUUUCCAAUUGGGGAGAUCAGCAAGGUCGUCGAUUACAUUGUGUACAUGACUUACGACUUGCAUGGCCAAUGGGACUUUGACAGUCCUUGGUCCUCUCCAGGCUGCCCAGCAGGCAACUGUCUUCGCUCACACAUCAACAGGACGGAAACCCUCAAUGCACUUUCCAUGGUCACCAAAACUGGCGUCUCAUCAACCAAGCUCAUCAUCGGCAUUACCAGCUAUGGUCGGUCUUUUCGGAUGGUCGACCCAUCCUGCACCGGUCCUAUGUGUACAUUUACCGGGGCACUCUCCGGAGCAAAACCUGGACGUUGCACACGCACCGCCGGAUAUCUCGCCAAUACAGAGAUUCAGGAGAUUUUGCAUUACGACAAGUCAUCACGCACCUAUUACGAUGAAGGCAUCAUGAGUGACAUUCUGGUGUACGGAUCUGACUGGGUUGCCGACAUGAACAACAACAACAAAGGGCGUCGGGAGGCUCUGUGGAAGUCAAUGAACUUUGGCGGCGUCUCAGACUGGGCGAUCGGCCUUGCCGAGUUUUUACCCAAUGAUGUCUCUCAGGUUCCGUCACUGUCAAUGGAGGAGAUCAAGGAAGACUGGGCCAACAUCACCUGCAAACACCCCUACGCGAGGAACAGCAGCUACAGGCAGUCCGACCGUUGGAAAACCCUCAAGGUUGAUGAGGCUUGGAAGCAUGUUGUUGGUAAGUGGGACGCUUGCGCAAAGUCUGGCAUGCCUUUCCCUGUUUUUGUGAGCCGUCUUCUCAACGGUCCCGAUGGCAUGUACUGCGGCUCGAUAUCCUCCACAAACAACUGCCUUGCAACAGUCGAAUGCAGUGACGAAUCCGAACGCCGGCCGGCAGCAGCUCUCCUUUUGAGUUCAUUUGUGAAGCUUGCUGGGAUCUAUUACGAGCUGUACGAUGGAAUCCAAGCAGCUCAGGUCAAUCUUAUCACGACACUGUCCAAGUUCUCGAGCACUUUUGCACCAGAACAAAAGGCGGACGAGUCUUUGACCAUGACUUUGAAUAUCUUGAGCGCUGGCUUCGGUGUGCUGGCAGGCCCAGUCUUUGCGAAGGCUUUCUCGUCUGGAAAUUUCUUCUCUCAGAAUCCUGGUAUUGGAGAGAAGCUGGAGUCGGCAGUGAUGAAGGGCAUAGAGUUUGGCCUGGCUGAGGCUAAGGAAUACGCCAAAAAAAAAAAACCCCUGUAG